GCGGCUUCGUCUCCAUUCCAGUUGGGCUACGUUAUCUGACAAUGCCGUUGGAGCAAAGAGUACGAGGGAAUACCGGUUUUAUUGAUUUUUUGGAGAAGGACGGCAAACACGUCCACGUGUGCGGCUUUUACAGGUUGAAACGGUAAAGAGGGAGAGGGAGAAUUGCGCAGAGAAACAGACGGAGGGUGGACCAGCGCUAUUGUUUUCAUCGAGGCGCUAGCGCCACUUCCAAUAUUAGCCGAUGAAAGGAAACGUGCGUCUGUCUGAAACAUUUAUUUAUGCCGGCUAGCAAUUUUCUACUAGGAACAUUGCAUUUGAAUCACGGGUGGACUCUGUUAUUGUCGACUUCACGUCUGGAUUACAAUCGAAGAUGCCUCUCGGAUCGCGGCUAACGUUCGUGUUCCUGUUCCUGUGCAGCAUCAGCAACAUUGACUUGGCGUCCACAGCAUCCCGUAAGUGUGAGGACUCCCUGGCCACACCCCUUCCCUACAGCUCCUUCACCGGCUCCUCCGUCUACGCCACCGGCUACGGAGCCGGCUACGCCAAACUCAACCGGAGGGGAGGCUCCGGGGGCUGGUCCCCAGUGGACGCCGACCGCUACCAGUGGCUCCAGGUGGACCUGGGCUCCAGGAAGAAGGUGGUCGCCGUGGCAACGCAGGGCCGCUACAGCAGCGCCGAUUGGACGAGGCGCUACCGGCUGCUGUACAGCGACACGGGCAAGAACUGGCGGCCCUUCCUGCAGGACGGGAACAUCUGGACGUUUGAGGGCAACUCCGACAGCGAGGGCGUGACGCGGCACGAGCUCCUGCGCUCCAUCGUGGCGCGCUACGUCCGCUUCGUCCCGCUGCAGUGGAGCCAGGAGGGCCGCAUGGGGCUGAGGGUGGAGGUGUACGGCUGCGCCUACUGGUCGGAUGUCGUCAGUUUCGAUGGCCAAGGUGUCAUCUCCUACCGCUUCAGUAGUAAGACGAAGAAGAUCAAGUUCCUCACGGACGUCAUCUCCCUGAAGUUCCGGACCAGUGCGGGCCACGGCGUGCUGCUCCACGGGGAGGGGCAGCAGGGCGACUACAUCUCCCUGGAGCUCCAGCGCGCACGCCUCGUGCUCAGCAUCAACCUGGGCAGCAACCAAUACGGCUCCAUCCAGGGCCACACGGCGGUGACCAGCGGCAGCCUGUUGGACGACGACCACUGGCACUCGGUCCUCAUCCAACGCUAUCGCAGGAAUGUGAACUUCACGCUGGACCAACACACGCAGCCGUUCAGGACCAACGGGGAGUUCGACCACCUGGACCUCGACUACGAGAUCUCCUUCGGGGGUUUGCCCGCCUCCAACAAACCCAGCUCAGGCGGCCGGGACAACUUUGUGGGCUGCAUGGAGGGCAUCGUCUACAACGGAGACAACAUCACCAGCCUCAUCCACAGGAAGAAGGUGGACACCUCCAGCUUCAGGAACCUGACCUUCUCCUGCUCGGAGUCGCGCUCCUUCCCGGUGUUCUUCAACUCGUCGUCCUUCCUGCAGCUGCCGGGCCAGGGUGACAGCGACACGCUGUCCGUCAGCCUGUCCUUCCGCACCUGGAACCCCAGCGGCCUGCUGGUGUACACGGCGCUGGCCGACGGCGUGGUGGAGGUCGGCCUCGCCGACGGCAAGGUCACCGUCUACAUCAACGUGACGCAGAGGAAGAACACCCGCAUCGACAUCUCCUCGGGGUCCAACCUGAACGACGGCCAGUGGCACACGGUCCACCUCAACGCCCUGGAGAACUACGCCAUGCUGACCAUCGACGGCGACGAGGCGUCCACCGUGAGGACCGCCAUCCCCAUCCAGAUCACCACCGGGGGCACCUACUACUUCGGAGGCUACUUCCUGCGCACCAACACGCCCCCGCUGCAGCGCUCCUUCCAGGGCUGCAUGCAGAUGAUCCACGUGGACGACCAGCUGGCCGACCUGCGGGCCGUGGAGCAGGGCCUCAUCGGCAUGUUCCAGAACGUCAGCCUGGACAUGUGCGCCAUCAUAGACCGGUGUGUCCCUAACCAGUGUGAGCACGGCGGUCGCUGCUCCCAGACCUGGGACUCGUUCAGCUGCAUCUGCAACGGGACCGGAUACAGAGGAGCCACCUGCCACACCUCGGUGUACCAGCAGUCCUGUGAGGAGGUCCUGCACCUGGGCAGGGCCCCCGGGGGCCACUGGGUGGACCCCGACGGCAGCGGGCCCCUGCAGGCCCUCCGCGUCAGCUGUGACCUGACAGAGGGCACGGUGUGGACGUCAGUGAAGAACAACCUCUCACCUCAGACAGCCGUGACCGCCCUGGACCAGGAGGGGAAGGCCGUCCUCCGGCUGGACUACAACAUGAGCACACAACAGGUGUACGCAGUCACCAGCGGGGCCGACUACUGUGAGCAGCACAUCGCCUACACCUGCCGCAUGUCCCGCCUCCUCAACUCACCAGACGGCGAGCCGUACACCUGGUGGGUCGGGCGGGCCAACGAGAAGCACCUCUACUGGGGCGGCUCGGGCCCGGGGAUCCAGAAGUGCGCGUGCGGGAUCGAGAGGAACUGCACCAGCGCCAAGCACCAGUGCAACUGUGACGCGGACCAGCGGCAGUGGAGGGAGGACGCCGGGCUGCUGGUGUACAAGGACCACCUGCCCGUCAGCCAGCUGGUGGUGGGGGACACGGGCCGGGCCGGGUCGGAGGCCAAGCUCACCGUGGGGCCGCUGAGGUGCCGCGGAGACCGUGACUUCUGGAACGCGGCGUCGUUCAUAAGCCCCGCCUCCUACCUGCACUUCCCCUCCUUGAAGGGCGAGACCAGCGCCGACAUCUCCUUCUACUUCAAGACCUCCUCCACCUACGGGGUGUUCCUGGAGAACCUGGGGACCACCGACUUCAUACGCAUCGAGCUCAAAGCCACGUCGGUGAUCAGCUUCUCCUUCGACGUGGGGAACGGCGGCGUGGAGCUCACCGUGCGCUCGCCGUCGCGCCUCGACGACGGCCGCUGGCACCGCGUGGAGGCAGAGCGCAACCUGAAGGAGGCGGUGCUGAGUCUGGACGGCCGUUACCGUGACGCCCGGCCCGCCCCCGCCCAGGGACACAUCCGGCUGGAGCUGUUCAGCCAGCUGUACAUCGGAGCCUCGGGGGGCCAGCGGGGGUUCCUGGGCUGCAUGCGCGCCCUGCGGCUCAACGGCGUGACCCUUGACCUGGAGGAGAGGGCCCGGGUGACCCCAGGGGUCAAGCCCGGCUGCCAGGGACACUGCAACCACUUCGGCGUGCACUGCCGCAACGGGGGCGUGUGUGUGGAGCAGUACGACGGGUACUCCUGCGACUGCUCCCACACGGCCUACGAUGGCCGCUUCUGCACCAACGACGUCGGCGGCUACUUUGAGUCGGGGACGCUGGUGCGCUACGACUUCCCGUCGGAGGCGGGGCCUGCCUCCGGGGCCGCCCCCCGGGGCCCCCAGGGCUCCGCCCUGCUGGGCGAGACCAACCUGACGCGGGAGGAGCUGGUGUUCAGCUUCAGCACCUCCAACGCCCCCGCCAUCCUGGUCUACGUCAGCUCCAAGACCCAGGACUACCUGGCCGUGGUGCUGCGCAACAACGGCACCCUCCAGGUCCGCUACAGCCUUGGGGGUCUCACGGAGCCCUACACCAUCGACCUGGACCACCGCAACAUGGCCAACGGCCAGCCGCACCACGUCAACGUCUCCAGGGAGCAGCGCAGCAUCCACCUGCAGCUGGACCACUACCCCGUGACCACCUACACCCUGCCCGACGCCUCGGACACCCACUUCAACCUGGUCAAGACCAUCUUCCUGGGGAAGGUGUUCGAGACGGGUGAGAUCGACCCGGUGCUGAUCGACCGCUACAACACGCCGGGCUUCGUGGGCUGCCUGUCCCGGGUCACGCUGAACGGCGUGGCGCCCCUGAAGGCCGCGCUGCGCCCCGGCCCCGCGGCCGCGCCCGUCACCGCCCACGGCAUCCUGGUCCCGUCCAACUGCGGCGCCCAGCCCCUCACCAUCUCCCCCCUCGGCGCCGCCCAUGACCCCUGGCAGAUGGACACCGCCGGCGCCGUGUUCCCAUACAACAACGAGAUGAUCAGCCGCGAGAAACUAGACCACAACUCUGCCGUCAUUGGAGGGAUCGUUGCCGUGGUGGUCUGCCUGGCCCUGGGCGUGCUCGUGUUCCUGGUGCGUCACAUGUUCCGCCACAAGGGCUCCUACCACACCAACGAGGCCAAGGGGGCGGAGUCGGCCGACUGCGCCGACGCCGCCAUCAUCGUGAACGACCCGGCGUUCACCGAGACCAUCGAGGAGAGCAAGAAGGAGUGGUUCAUCUAG